CUUUUAGGGGGUCUUCAGAGAGUGAGGACUUGCAGUACAGUCUUCAAACAUGACAGCACUGGAACGCAACAAAGAAGUACAACAUAAUGGCCUUCAAUGCCGGAGACAGAGUUAACUUUGCAUCGUGGACUCAGAAAAGACAAGACAUUUGAAGUUCACUUUAACAAGAACUACAGAAGAUGGGUGAAAGAAAAGGAGUAAACAAGUACUACCCUCCUGAUUUUGAUCCAGAGAAGCAUGGGUCUCUCAACAGAUACCGUAACAGCCAUCCCUUACGGGAGAGGGCCCGUAAGUUGUCCCAGGGCAUCCUGAUCAUCAGGUUUGAGAUGCCAUACAACAUUUGGUGUGAUGGCUGCAAGAAUCACAUUGGCAUGGGUGUGCGGUAUAAUGCGGAGAAGAAGAAGGUGGGGAAUUACUACACCACACCCAUCUACAGGUUCAGGAUGAAGUGCCACCUUUGUGAUAAUUACAUUGAGAUGCAGACCGACCCUGCAAACUGUGACUAUGUAAUAGUUAGUGGUGCAAGACGCAAAGAAGAGAGAUGGGACAUGAAGGAGAAUGAGCAGGUCAUGACCACAGAUCAUGAAGAAAAAAAGAAGCUGGAAACAGAUGCCAUGUAUCGUUUGGAACAUGGCACAGAUGACCAGCAGAAGCUACAGAAAGUCAUUCCCACUCUGGUAAAUAUCCAAGAAAUGCAGAGCAUCUGGAAGGAUGAUUUUGAACUCAACAGCAUGCUGCGGAAGAAGUUUCGGGAGGAGAAAAAGAUCAUAAAAGAAGAAGAGGAGCACGAUGCAGCACUCAUGAGCAAGGCAUCACUGAGCAUCCCUCUGAUUCCAGAGUCCGAGGAGGAUAAACGGCUAGCCUCGCUGCUCAAGUAUCGAAGCCCUGACUCAUACGAAGACAAACAGAAAAUGAAAAGGAAAGAGAUUGUUUCCCGAUCUUGGUUUUCCACUCAACAGAUUCCUAAUAGCAAUAAGGUGGGAGACACCUUGAAAAAGUUAGGGAUCAUCCCAAAAGGACCUUCAAAGGUGACAAAUACCUGUGCAGUAGUCUCUGUGAGUGAACUGGGAAUUGUUCGUCGAAAGUGUGCUGAAUCUCCAGAAGCAAAAAGCAGUUGUUUGGACAGUGCCUGUGAAAAUGUUGGAAUUAGUGCACACUGUAGUAGAGAUGUGGAUACCCCAGUAGAUUCCUCCCUAAAUGAGACCGAAACACCACAAGAUCGUAGAGGCUCUGGCACUUCCUUAGUUGCUGAUUAUUCGGACUCUAGUUCAGAUGCUGAAGUCAUCUAAUGACAGCUUCUGUUAUUUUUCUGAAUGAUCACAGCAUUCACAUUCUCAUCAUGGCUGCUUGAUACACUGAAACAACUUGAAGGAGAUGGGAUGAUUGUCUCCUGUUCAGCACUGGGCUCCAUUCUCUGACGGAUGACCAUUUUGUCUGUAAUUUUGCCAGGUUCUUCCCUGUCAUGUCGAACAUAGUAUGGUCUGCGUUUCUUACACUGCACUGUGAACAGUUUUCAGGUUCAGCUCUACAGACAUCAUGCAUGUUGUCAAGAUGAAGUAACGUAGUUUAACUGCUGUGCCUUGCUGCAUUAAUGGAAUGAAACGAGACCCUACCGAGAAAAGCACAGUAUCCAUCAUUUGGGGUGGUCUGUGAAAAUAAAUUGUUUAAUAACAUA